AGACAACUCGGCACAAGAAAACACAACGCGGAAUCCGACGCACAGCAUGGACUUUUCCCAUCCCCCGAAGGUCGCUUCGUCGAUCCCCCWCAGCCAGCCCGUGGUGUCGAUGGACUACCACGCGGACGGGAACCACCUCUUCGUCGCCAGCGAAAUGGAUUCCAAGGUCACGAUCGUCGACGCCGUACGCACCGGGAAACCCCUGGACAACGGGCACAACCGCGGCCAGUCCUUUCGGUGCGAUCGGGAGGGGGUUUCCUGUCUUUCCGCCACGUGAGUAGGAAUUUUCGAARCAGGUUGCAUCGUGUAAUGUGCUUUUGCUCCCUUUGGAACGGAACGAAUCAAUUCGAGCUGGUCUUUUUCUCAAUUACCUUAAUUUUCUUUUCCCUACCUCAAACAAAAAUGUUGUUCGGAACCCUAUUGCUUCGCAAUGACACGUCAUUCAACAUUCUACACGAAUAUUGAAUUGAAUCGAAUCGAAUGGGCUUGACUUCUUUUCGAAAUGACGUUUUGUCGUAUGGUAUUAUAAAUGAACAUUCCAMCAAAUGCUUUUUUAUGACGGGGGCAUUGCACAUUGCAACUACACGACAACUCUGGCUCUUUGCGACACGCUUSUCUUCUGCGAUGGUACCCAACCCGCAAUCCCACAACGCAAAUACAAAAUACACUCACAACAAACAUACCGUCGGAAAAACGACCAUAAACGAACGAACCAAAUAAUCAAUGAAUGAACAAUCGAAUCAAUAAAUCAUAUUACUAACCCCGCAACAGUCACAACGAUUACUGUGUGCUAACGGCGGGAAACAAAGAAACAACGGUGCAGUACUGGAGCCUAUACGACAACAAGAUAUUGCGGAAGUUCCGUGGACACACCUCGACCAUUCACGAGAUCAACAUUUGCCCCUCGGAGGACAUGUUCCUGACGUCCAGCAAAGACAAGACGGUCCGGCUAUGGAACCUCCAGCAGUCCGGCUGCGUGGCCAAGCUCGACCUGCCCUCCUCGAGCGUCAGCGCCGCCGGKAAUCCACGCGUGGUCUUUGAUUCGACCGGCAUGGUGUUUACGAUUUUGGCGGAGAUGGCCGACGGGGAGGGCCACUACCUCCACCUAUACGACGCCAGAAACUACCAGGGGGGUGCCUUUUCCGAGCUCAAGCUCACCACCAAGAGCGUCCAGGAGGCGAUGCAGACGCACCGGGUGCCGCAGCCUYCGCUUCGGCCCGGUGCCGCCCUCGCGCUCAACAAGAUCGACUUCAACGCCAGCGGCAACCGCAUCCUGGUCCAGUCCGAGGAGGGCCUCGCCCUGGUCCUCGACGGGUACGACGGAACCCUCCAGCGGGUCUUUUCCUCUACCGUCGGAAGGGGGACCGUCUCGUGCUUUUGCCCCGACGACAAGUCCGUCCUGCUGGGAAACGACACCGGGACCAUCGACGUCUUUGACCUCCAGAGCGGCUCGCUCGUCACGAAGCUCGAGGGUGGGCACAACGGCCCGAACACGACCCCGAAAUCCCCGGUCAGGGCCCUGGCCUGCAAUCCAAGAUACGCGCAAAUCGCCUCGGGCGGGAACUCCAACACGAGGUGCGUCGCGGCGACUCUCGGUUUUUUCGUUGUUCGCACCCGUUUUUGUGGUUCGUGACUUUCGUCGAUGGGAAGAAUGGGUUCUUGUUCUUGUUGUCGUUCCUUACACCGAUUUCGUUCUAUUUGUCCUUCCAAUUCUCCCUCCCAUCUCUGAUCCAAUUGCUUGUCGACCCAGCCUAUGGAUAUGGUAAGAUUGGCGGUGCCGGCUUCCGUUAUUUCAUCUUUAGAUUGUACACUGGGGUACUGUAUAAUAGAGACGAUUGGUUUGA